AUGAACGCCGUUAAUCCGCUGUUUUCGAAGUGCCAGAACGCCAGUUCCACGGGCAUUUUGGAUCUCAACCAUAGCCAACUGACAGAAAUUCCUGAAGUUGUAUUUAGCUUUAUGUCCAAUGCUGGGACUGAGGUUAAGGAGUGUGAUCUUAGCGGCAAUUUAAUGGAAGAGAUACAACCAAAAUUGGCCCUCGAUUUCAAAGUCUUAACAAAUCUCAAUAUAGCACAUAAUUUUCUGACGACACUUCCAAAGGAGAUUGGCAGUCUGCGAGCCUUGGAAAGACUCAAUAUAUCAUGUAAUUAUCUGUUUCAAUUGCCCGAUGUAGUUUUCAAGUUGCCGCAUUUGACAUAUUUGUAUGCUCAGGACAACUUGAUUACGAAAAUCGAUAUAGAACAGCCAAUUGAGAGCGAUAACUUGGCUCUAGUUGACUUACGUUACAAUAAUCUAGAGCCUGAGUUUCUUCGUAAGCUGAUGAAGAUACAAACCAUAUUCCGUUUGGUACUCAACGACGCAGAAGUGAAAGACAACGACUAUGAAGAUGAUGAUGAUCAGGAUGAUGAUGAUGGUUUCAUCAAAAAUUAAGCAUCUUUAUACACCCACACUCAAAACUGUUCCUUGUUCUCCAAGGAAGCAAUACACAAAACAAAACAAAAAAC